GCCCUGGCGGAGAGCAACUUCCCUCUCCUGAACAGCCCCACCAUGAUCAACACGAGCUCGGCCAGCGGCAUGCUGCACGUGGGCCACGACGACGUGAGCAGCACCGUGGAGCAGGUGAACAGCAACGGCAGCAACAGCCCGCGGCUUUCCCCGCAGCAGUACAGUAGCCACCCAGUGCACGUGAAGGAAGAACCAGCCGAGGCCGAAGACGACAGCAGGCCCGUCUCUCUCAUGGCCACCACCAACCAGAAUGUGACGAUUGCCGACGACAGGGACCUGGAGGAGGAGCUGCCGGUGGAAGACUUGUCCUAAGGACCCCUUCCUCCUCACCGAGGGGCAAGCACUUCCCACCCUCCCCAGCUGGAGACGAAGCAACGGCUCCCACCUCCUCAAGGUGACCUUCGGCGUUAACUUGUUUCUUAAAGGCACUUCCACAAAGCAAAAGGGUUUCCUUGGUGCAACCUGUUGCUGACGGCACGUCCCUCCUCCUCCCCACUGCCCCGUGCCACGUCCCCGUCCCGGUGACCGGCAGAUUUCCUGCAACAGAGGACAUGCAGAGAUACAAAAACCCAAGAGUUGAACUUUUUCUCUCCCUCCUCCCUUGGUUAGUAACUGGUGAACGAGGAUGGUAGGUUGUUUCUGUCCGAAGUUGUCCCUCCUUCGUUCCCUGCGUCCCCGGUUCCAGCGGAGAAGGAAGGCACCUCCGUCCCGUUUCCCCUGGCAGGGUUGCGGAGGGCCUCGGGCCUCGGGCCGGGCUCUGCUCGAGAAGACGCAGCGACAGGAUUUCCCCCACGCCACCCCGGGCACCGCCGCCGUCGCCCCUCGGAGGGACGGCGAUGGCAGGAUCCGCCCCGGCGCGUCUCCUUCCCCAAGCGGGUUUUGCACUAGGAGGAACCUCGAACCCUUCCCACGCGCCGCCUCCCACCAGCCGG